CCGCGCAAAGCAUGUCAUAUAGACAUAGGAAAAUAUGAAUCAUAAUUGGUUAUGAUCAUAGAGCGCGCGUCCGAGGACGCAACAGGUCGCGCGUACAGUAGAACUGUAGUUCCCGCGAGGAUCUGGCUGACGUAAUUAUGACAUUUCGACAUAGUUUUACGACGUGUACUACGGUGUAUAUUGUAGUGUUUAAAAAAUAAAUUCAUGUGUUUUGGCAUUACUAUAGGUUAAAUAAUAAAGUUUUUCGGGGAUUAUUAUAUAUCCUGGACAUUAUAUUUGACAUAAAUGUUUUAAAAAUGUGAUAAUUCCAAAUUAUGAUUAGCAGGUUAUGAAUAGCCUCCUAUUAAAUAGAUUGAUGCAUUUGGCCAUUAAAAUAAAAAGAUUGAUUAUGAUAGACUGAUUUAAACUCUGAUCUGAAUACAAAUUACACAAGCACAUUUAGAUUGUAUAAUUUAUAUUCAACAGCAAUGAAAAACUGAAGACAGGCCUGUUGAUUUGUUCUGAGUUUUUGCAUUUUCUUUAUAGCAUUACAAGACAUACAGAACGUUGCAUUAUAAUAACUAUGUGGUCAGAUUCUUGAUGCACAAUUCUGUGCAACAAGUUUAGGUAUAUUUAAUAUGCAAAAAAAAUGUAAAUUCAUGUUAGGUGAAAUAAACUUAGACUAUCUCAGUCUGAUACGUAAUAUUACAUGUUUUUAUUCACUACCGAAAUUUACAGAAAGGUUCAUGGGAACGCCUUAAAACUUGGGGGAUGUAAGGGAAAGGAGGGGUAUAUGCAUGAGUAGGUGGUGUUCUGCGUUAUUUGAAUGCGAAUGUAGUGGGAGAACAAGCUGAGAUUGUGUUUGAGACAGAAACAGGAAAAAGGAGGAGGAGAGUUGUCUCUGGAUCUUAGUUACACUGAAUAGACACAGAUUUAGUUUGCCAAGUACUUCACUUUUGAGACAUUGCUCAUGUAUGCACUUACGAUUUAGCCUUUUGUUUCAUAUAUAAAUGAUAUAGAUUUUUUGAUGGUUGCAUCUCAGACAAGAUCAUUUUUAUAGUAAUUCACGAGAAAGACAUGCAAUGUAAUUUAACCCAUGGGCCAAAUAGCCACUGACUUUCUCGCGCAUCAUGUCACGCCGGAAACAGAAAAGACCUCUGCAUUUUUUCAGUCCCAUCCUGAACACUUCAUGGCUACUUCAACAUGAGGAGCAGUUGGCAGUAAAGUCCCUCACUUCUACUCUUGCAAAGAAUUCUUCCUCAUCCUCUGCAGCGCAGAACUGCCAAUCCUCCUUGAGUUUAAACCCAUCUGUUGGGAGACUCACAACAACCUCUCUGCCCACAGCCAGGCACCUUGCCCCUCACAUCCCCUGCCACCUCAAAGACUCUCACCCUAUUACUAACACCCCACAAUCCUCCAGUCUGUACUGUAUGUCCACCAUUCCACCAGCAGUGCCCUCCACCCACAAGCACAUUCACACACUCAUGGCUUCUCCAAAGUUAGGUGUCUCAGCUACCACAACCUCUUCUUCAUCUUCCUCUUCUGCUGUUUCCCUCUGUGUGCCUCCACAUCCCGGAAGUCCCAGUCCUGUACCCGAGGGUCCUCCAAGCCCAGUUACGCCCUCUCCCAGCCCGAGCACAGCUCCUCCAGCCCCAGCAUGCGCAUCUGUCAGCAUUGCUUUUAUCCUCGAGGAACUGCGUGUGCUACAGCAGAGACAAAUUCAUCAGAUGCAGAUGACUGAAGAGAUCUGCAGGCAAGUACUGAGACUGGGAGAAGAGUCAUGUGAAAGGGAUUCAACUCCAUUCAUGCUACCAUCUCUGCCACAGCUCUGUUUAAAAGGUUCGGAUAGUAACCCAAUGCCCUCUCGGCCAAACCCAUCCCCUCCCCCUGCCUCCAUGACUCCUCUUCUGGCAUGUUUCUCAUCCCUGCUUCCCCCUCAGACCACCUCUAAGCCCUCUAAACAUACCCACCCUCUAUUAAAUGUCUUGCGCCCCCAUAAGACACAGUGUGACAGUGGGGUAAUCGCACCAGGAAAUUUCAACAGUGCUCACUCCUCCACGUCCUCAUCUGUCUCCAUGCCUGCCGCUUCAAACAUCCCACUUGCACUUUCCCUUGGCCUACCAGGCCAAAAUUCAUAUGAAAAAUCAUCUAACGUGACAGGAGCCAGUGGGCAAGGUAGUCUGACUUUUCCAAACCAGGCUCUGUCAGUAGCUGCUGUCCCUUCAGCUCCCCCACAGGAUACAAAACUGUCUGUGCAAGGAGGUGCAACUUCGUUAUUGGCAGGACGUAUGCAGCAUACCUGUCGUUUUUGUGGAAAAGCCUUCAGCAGUGAUUCAUCCCUGCAGAUACACUUGCGCUCACACACAGGGGAACGUCCUUAUCAGUGCCCUAUAUGUUUCAGUCGUUUUACCACACGAGGAAAUCUUAAGGUUCACUUCCUGCGGCACCGUGAACAAAACCCUGAACUCUCUUUCUCUCUGUUUCCGUGUUCCCUAUUUGCAUCUGUGACCGGGGGAUCAAUGGGAGGAUCAGCACAAACACAAACUAUCACCUCUAACAAAAUAAGUGCUGCUCAGAAGCAUAAUAAACAGCAAGCAGAAAAUGAUCUGUGUGGUGAAGGCCUCGAGGCCUUACCACGCACCACAGCCUCAUCUCUACCUCUGCCUCCUAGUAUUGAUCUGGCUCUGCUGACCACUGCACACUCUCUCCUUCAGCUCAACUGUACAUCUGCUGCUGUAGCCUCUUCAUCCUCUACAGGCUCUUCAAUCACAUCCUCAUCGUCAUCUUCUCUCGCCUCUACUCUUCUAUCAGCUCCAGCCUCAUCUACUUUCUCCGUUGCUGGGGUGUAUAAAGGAUUGAAACCACAGCACUUUGAUGAGAACACCCCUCCGAUUCCUAGCUUGCUCCCCCAUUCUGCUUAUUCACAGCUUGCUAACCUACCCAAAAUAUUUUUCCCGGCAUCUUCCACCCACCUUCACCCAGGCCACGGGUUUCUUAGGCCCACAACUCCAACAGGAUCCUUCAUGUCACCUACACAGCAACACAUCUCAUUUCCCUUAACUGCUUCUUCCACCACCACAUCCGUCACCACCCCAACAUCAGACACAUCAAAGCUGCAAAGACUGGUGGAGAAGUUAGAAAAAGAACCAAAUGGUCAGCCCCAGUGGGUAUCAUCUACUGGUGAGACUUCGAACAGCAGCUUUAGUGUAGCAGGAGCAAUAAGUUGUAGCAGCAGUAGUUUAACGGGUACAAAUACAUUUAGUACAAAUGUGGUCACUUCACUUCCAUCAUCUAUGAUCCAGAUACCAUCAUCCCUCUUCAGCAAGGAGUCACCUUACCUGGGACUCAUGAAUUCUGCAGGGGCACUUGCCCCUAAUCAGUGUAGCGUCUGCCUUCGGGUGCUAAGUUGCCCAAGAGCGUUGCGUUUGCACCAGGCUACCCAUUUAGGGGAGCGUCCCUUCCCCUGCAAACUCUGUGGUCGUUCCUUCUCAACCAAAGGAAGUCUUCGAGCGCACCUGGCCACCCAUAGAGCACGCCCACCAAACAGUCGUGCCCAAAAUUCUUGCCCACUAUGCCAGAGGAAGUUUACUAAUGCCCUUGUGCUGCAACAUCACAUCCGCAUGCAUUUAGGGGGACAGCUACCAUCAGAGCAUCUCCCUGGUACUUCAACAGAAGUUUCAGAUGCUGCUUCGGAAACCAACCCUAGCACUACUGAUGCUCAGUUAUUACCUUCAGAUAUAGAAGCAGUGUUGGAUUCUAGAUGCUCAUUCAACAGUAAUCUAAUCGCAGUCAGUACUGCUCCCACAGGAUGUCCCAUGACCACCGGCCUGCCAGGUUCACUUAGCCCAGGUCCCAUACAACCUUUCGACCUAAGCCUUGACCUCUCCAUAAACCCAACCCCACAUUCACCUGUAACUAGCAAAGAUGAUCCCCCUGAUCUCUUUGUUAGUCUACCGUCUGCUGUAGAAUCUGCUGCCUCCCUUGUCUCUCCAGUGUCCCACUUAGUCUCAACAACAUCAGAUCCUUCUGCCCCUGAUGACCUUUCCAACAACACUGAUAAACAAAGUUUGAGCUCCUCUACUUCUGUGAAAGCCAACGUGCAGAGAGAUGAAUGUGAAUUUAUGAGUGAAAAUAGAUCACCCUUGUCGAAUCCCUUUACUGGAUCAAGAUCUAAUUUAGAAGAUCUUCUUAGUAUUCAGGCUCAUAAUGCAUCAAGGGUCUCUCGGCCACAUCCAGCAUCAACAUCACCUUCUCUUCUUCCAUUCAACACUGAUAGUCUGACUUCUCACACAGCGAGCCUAGUGGAGUCUGAUCAUGGGCUUGUCCAAACAUACAAAUCAAUCUCUCAAGAUUUCAGUAAGGAGGAAAAGAUUGAUGACAGGAUAUAUAAAACACCAAAGACUGAUCAAAGGGCAACUCCAGAUCUGAGUGUUAACAUGAAUAUAGUAUCAGACGCUUUAGACAAGACAAGUGAGGAUGCGUCUGAGACUGCAUCUGAGGAACCAGAGGCAAAGAUACAGAAGACAACAAAGGAUGGUCAAUGUAGUUCAACUGCAAAGGAUGAAGUUGACAUUAAAGACCCACCGGCAACUGAAAAAGACAGAACAGAACCAAACAUAUGCAUGUCACUGACUCCUAGUCUUCCACCUCCCAUGCCAGAGAAGAAAACCUACCAUUGUUCGGAAUGUGGAAAAGAGUAUGCAAGUCGCAGUGGACUGAAGGGACAUAUGAAGCACCACGGAGGAGUUGCGAAGGCACAUCGAGCACCUGCAAGAAUGAAGGGACCAGAGAGAGUGUCGCAAAAUGAGCGACCACAAGGAUACCAUCCAAGUCAUCUGCCACCAGGACAACAAUGAGUUUCUUCAGCCAGCACCUGUUAAAGAACUUUCAGUGAACACUGGAAAAGGCGAGAUAAAUCUAAAACAACACGUCUCGCGCACACACAGUGUAGAGUUAUUUCUUGGCUUUUUUCCAACAGAAAAAUUUACAGAUCUUGCACACAAAUCCUAAUUUUAUACUAAAACAUACAGUAGGAUGGUGAUGAUAACAAAGUACGAUGUCAUAUAUUAAAGGUGCAUUGUGUAA